GUCAUAGGAUUUAACAGUGGUUUCGUUGAAUUCUGAGUUAAUUCAAGUUGUUUCAUAAUUUUUUACCUAUUGAACAAGACCUAGAAUUCUCAAAGUUUCUUCCUUCUGUAAUCUCUUAUCAUAAUAUGAUCCAGUAGACUUUUUGGGUUGUGAUAAGUUUCUCCUUGUACUAGCGGGAUUUGGAUAUGCAUUCAUUAAAUUUUGGAAUUCUUCGACCAGCACCAAGUCGGUGCUAGAGCUUUUGUUCAAGACGAUGUUAACUAGGAAUGGAAGAAAUUAUCGAGGCUGGUUUACUGAUAGGCAAAGAGAUGAACUUCUCUUUAUUGGCUAUUAGAAAAAUGUACUCUUUUGAUGAAAGACUUGCUUCUUUUGAGUCUAGACAGAAACUUACGGUUGGAGGGAUUCACUGUGACAACUUUGAAGAUCAAAUAGAGCAUGUGGAUGGUGAUGAUAAACAUUCCAGUGCAUACCAGCUGGAGGUAUCCCAGUGAAUGUUCAACCAGUCUCUAGGGUAGCCAAUGGAUCUCUAAGGAAUAACACACACAUCAGAGGGGAUCUCUAGUUGAAAUUAUUCUUGCAAUUUUUUAAGAGGAUGAACCUGAAAAGCAAGUGAUAUAACAGAGAAGUUUACAUCUUAAGGUUGUUGAUUUUGAUGGAAAAGAUGGAUCCCCUAGUAUUUCUAGAUUGGAUUGCUUCACUUGAGGAUUUCUUUGAUUGGCAUGCCAUGUCGAAAGAAAGAAAAAAUAGAUAUGCUGGGGCCACGCUCAUAGCUUAAACAAAGACACGGUGAGAAUACUUUGAAAAAAAGCUUAAGCGCAGUCAUGAAGCACCGACAAGCUGGGAAGAAAUGAAGCAAGUGGUUAAAGAUAAAUGCUUUCCAGAAGAUUUUCAGAGCAAGUUGUAUGCUCAGAUGCUGAACUUAAGACGGUCAUUUGUCUGCAAUAGAUUUAUAUGGAGAAGUUUGAUGAGCUUUUGUCAAGUCUUGUCAAGAUGUGACAUAGAUGACGAUAGAGAAUAUACUCUGUGGCAUUUUAAUUAUGGCUCCAAUCCAAAGAUUAAGAAAGCCUUGAGUCUCAUCACUAUUUACGGCAUGAAGAUUGCUUCCAAAAGGCCAUAUGCAUGGAAGAGUACCAGACUCAAUUGACUAAGUUUCAUUGUCAAUGCGGUAUAUGAGAAAUCCGAAAAAUAGAACAGCAGAUCCGAUAAGCUGGGCACCAUGCCAGGGACCAACAAUAUGUCUAACAAUUAAAGAGGACAGAUAAUAAAGGUCCAAGAGAGAUGGGUCGAAAACAAGGUGGUUUGUAUAUAAAUCCAAAGAAGUUUGGAACUCUUCGGAAACCAUGCAUGAAGGAGAUGGUAACCUUCCUCAAUUGCUUAUCGCUGAACCAGAACAAUGACGGUAAAUGUGUUCGGCAGAAGGAACUUCUUAGUGCCUGCAUGGAUACUCAGACUGGGAAAAGCAGAAAGCCUUGGGGAAGCAUCAAUUAUCACCUUCAGAGGCUUAGUAGAGGAAGGAAAUAGUUUAUAUUUAUUUAGCUCUUCAAUUUGAUUUUGUGGAAAGAUUUUUGUGGCUGUAAAUCUCAACCUUGUUUUGAAGCAGAGUAUAUUGAAUAGUGGGUUUAAAUUAAUCACUUUUUCAUGCUGAGCAA